UUAAACCCAUGACUCCCUUGAACAUGAUGCAACUCUGGCCAUCUUGGCACAUGCCACUAUAUAAGCAUUGGUCACCCAGCAUUGUGAUGAAGAGAGGGAUGGUGGCUAGGUAGGAGACUAAGAGGCUAAUUAGAGUGAGAAAAAUCAUCAAAUUAAGCUAAUAGAGAGAGAGAGAGAGAGAGAGAUUAAAGACUAGAGAAUGGGCAACAGCCUGAGAUGCUGCCUAGCUUGUGUGCUUCCCUGUGGCGCCCUUGACCUGAUCAGGAUCGUCCACCUCAACGGCCGCAUCGAGGAGUACGGCCGCCCCGUCGCCGCCGGCGAGAUCCUCGCCGCCAACCCCAACCACGUGCUCAGCAAGCCGUGCUCGCAGGGCAGCGUCGCCGUGCGGAGGAUACUCAUCGUGUCGCCCGACUCCGAGCUGGAGCGCGGCGAGAUAUACUUCCUCAUCCCGGCCUCGUCGGUGCCGGAGAAGAAGAAGAGGAGCAGCUCUACCCCCGCCGCUGUCGACGCCGACGCCGCGGCCGCUACGGGUGGCCGUCACCACGUAAAGACGUCGACGACGACGCCGCCGACCGCGGCGAGCUGCGGUGGUCAUGGCGCCAAGAACCGUGGCAGUACCAAGAGCAAGCAGACGGCCGCGUCGUCAGAUCAUGGCCGUCGCCACCUUCGCGACGUGCUGUCGUCGUCGUCGUCGUCGUCGGAGAAGAGGACGUUGCACCGGCGGCGAGUGAGCACCGGCGGCCCGACGGCGGCGUGGAGGCCACACCUCGAGUGCAUCGUGGAGGACACUUGAGAGCACUAGCUAGCGCAUUUAAUGAUCAAUCUUUUUCUUUUUUUCUUUUUUUUUGGUUUGUGGAAUUAUUAAGGGGGUUGAUGGUGUUUUGCAUGGGUGUCAUCUUCUCACUUGAGUACAUGGUUAAUUUCCAUGUUUUCUUCUCUUUUUUUGGUCAUGUUUUUCCCCUUGCUACAUAUAUAAAUAUGAUGAAAG